CUGAAACCUCCUCUUUCUUACUAUUUUUUUUGUGGGUAAAAGAUGAGAACGAAGAACUUUAUAUUUUUGUUAUUAGUAGUCGUUCUACUGAGCCUUCUUCUAAUCAUACUUGGUCCAAGCAAUAAUGAGAACAUAGCAAAUAUCCAGAAUUUAGCAAACAAGCACUUUUCCAAGUUUAAGGAAAAUCUGCGAGUCGAAAAAGAAAAGGAAUUGGAUAUAGAUCCUAAAUAUCUACAGCUUCUUGGAUUUGAUACCACAACAACUCAGUCAUAUAAUGUAAGCAGAGGGAAUUUCUCAAUCGUUAGUUAUGUGCUUCAGAAUGAAGUAUCGUCGUUAAUUCUUCAACUCCAGAACCUCGCAAGUAUCUUGCCAACAGAAAAUUUCUUAAUAUACGAUCUAGGAUUAUCGGAAAGUGAUGUUCAAAUUCUUUCUACAUUUUGUAAUACAAGCACACUAAAAUGUUCAAUUCAGAAGCAGGAUUUUAGUCAAUAUCCCUCAUAUAUUAUGCAAGAUGAUAAAUUACAUUUAUUCCGUCCCAUACUCAUUAAAAAUGCAUUAUUAAGAUUUCGUACGAUAUUAUUUAUAACAAAUAACGUGAGAUUUAAAUGCUCCAGUAAAAUUCUAAAUGAUAUUCGUCGACGAACGGAAGAACAAAAUCAUGUAACAAGCCUUGAAAUCCGGAAGCUGCCAUUAACUUCAAAUACACAUCCAAGAAUGUUCAAUUAUUUCGACUCAGAUGCUGACGCAUUCUUAUUUGUAAGACAAGUCAAAUUAGAUGCUGUCUUCUUUCACUACAGUCGAUUCCUUGAUGAUAAGAUCCUCCUGCCAUGGUUGAAAUGUGUUCUUACACCACAAUGUAUCCAACCAAUUGGAGCUAAUGCAAAUGCUAAUCACUGUAAAUUCAAUAAGAAGCCACAAUACAGAUAUUCUGGAUGUCAUGGAUAUGAUGAAUCAGCAUUUAAUGUUAUAUGUAGCAUAACAUUUAAUUUUAAUGAGGCAAAAUAUUCCGUGACUGAUGUCGAUGGACCUUUGUUCUAUAAACAGUCACUAGAAGAUUCCAUUCGAAUACUUGAUAAUCGAAAGAGGAAUAUCAGCGAGACAAGUGAGCAUCCUUAUAAUAGUGAGGAGUAACGGACAUCCAAACAAUUUUUUCUCAAACAAAUUAAAGAUUUUUUUUGAUAACUGAAGUUAUCAUUAAAAAUAAGAUAAUCCAAAAUGGCUGUUGAUUAAUUUAUAGAGCAUAAUAAUCUCAUUGGAUGUAAGUAGAAUAAGUGAACUGUGAGAAUGAUGAAGAAAAAAGAAGAUAAUGGAUGAAAUUGACAGACACGCGCGCAAGUUGUGAGAUAAUUUCCAUAGUCAAAAAUUACAGCAACAAUUUGUUGUCAUUAAUGGAUAUGAAACAUUUCGAGUCAGUUUUAUAGGUGAAUAAGGUCAUUACUAAUUAAUGAGUGAGUUCUAUCUACUACUUAUUACACAAUCACACACACAACAAUAAAUUUAUAGGUCGAAUCUUUUCGCACUGGUAUAACCGAAUGUUCUCAAGCAUGCAUGCAUGCAUCAGCAAAAUGCUAUACUAACAAUGUUCCUAGCUAUCAUUUAAUUUGUCUAUCUAGUAAUAUUGGGUUUUUUUGCUUAUGAUGUUUAUUGAAAUUGUGAGCCUAGAUGCACUUCUAAUGUCUUAAAAACAAGCUACAUUCAGGCUUUCUAAUACUCAAUAAAAAUACUAAAAUUGAUGGACAUCAUUUACGACAAAACCUCAAAAAAAAGAGAACUUUAGGACAAAAAAAAAUAUUCUCAUGAACAGAAACAAAAUAGAAAUUAUGCUGGAAUAGGUCGAAACACGCAAUCCACAAAUGAAUAGCUGAAAUCACUCAAUUCGAGCCUUAAUUUUUUUUAUACAUAAUCAAACCAAAUCACGUGGACAGUCCAGCAAAUGAACAAUUUACAGAAAAAAGAACAAUUUUCUAGUGUAAAAAUAUUUCCUACUAAAAGUUAUCGAUAAAUCAAUCUCUAUACAAAAUAAUAAUAAUAUUCAAAAAAAGUGGAAUUAUUCGUACUUACCGUAAAACAUACUAAUAGCACAAGCAAACAUCACACAACCAGAUAAAUAAUAUUUCAAUUGACUACACUUCUGUAAAACAAAAAAAAAUGAUAAAAGACUUUCGAUUCAAUUUAUUUCUAUAAUUAUUAAUAAUUUAUGUGUAUAAAAUUUGUCUAGCUUUAUUUUAUUGGGAAGUUGAGGACAUAGUUCUCAAAAAAAUAAUGUGAUUGAGAUCAGAUGAUGUCCUCAAGUUUAUUUUCAAUUACCGCAUUUUUUUGACAUCACUGGAUUUUUUUGAACAUUAAAUGCUUAUUUGUGUAUUAAAACCAUCCAAAUUCCUUAAUUUGUGUAUUAAAACCAUUCAAAUUCCUUCAUUUGUGCUUCAAAAUCAUACAAAUUCAAAUAAUCUCAGCUUAAAAAUCUUAUAAAUUCCAUUCCAAGUAGAAAACUUCCAAAACCAUAUAAAAGCUUUAUUAGUCAAACAUUUGUAUGGUUUUUAUUAAUUUGAAAGCAGGAGAGACCCAAAAAUUGAAAUUUUAAGAUUGAAAAAAAUCUCAAUCAGCUAGAAAAUUUGCAAUGUAAGGUCAAUUAAUAUUCAAAUAAUCUUAAAUAUCACUUUAUUCCCACAAAUAAUUAAAUUCUCAUCUUUUGAUUGUUUAUAUUAAAAUUAUUAAAUGUACAUAAGGCAAAGCAAAAAAAUUGAAAAAGAUGCUGUUUUAGAGCAUGGCUGCUUUUUAUUAAAAUUUUUGUCAACUCCCUAUUUUCCAUUACUG